CAACCACCCCAACUUGAACCUCCAGAUUCUCAGCUAUGUGGCUUCAACUCUCCUCAUGGGCGGCACUUGCGGCGCUCUUCUCUCCUCUUCCCGCUAAGGCGACUAGCCUUGCGAGGGAUGCACCUAGCGAUUCCACGAACUCCCCCAGUGCGGCUGGUACUUUCGCCGGGACAUGGUACACUACCUGGCACAAUGGAAGAGUUCCUAUUGACAAUAUCGACUGGAAGAAGUAUACCUCGGUCUCAUAUGCGUUCGUGACCACCGAUCCGGAUCACAUGGUGAGCCUGACGGCGGAUGAUAUCAACGGGACCAUCUUCAAGGACCUGGUGUCUACAGCACACAACCAGAACACCAAAGUCAUGAUGACGGUCGGCGGCUGGACUGGCUCAAAGUGGUUCUCGCUUCUUCUUGCCGAAAACUACACCCGAAGCAACUUCAUCAACGCAGUGGGUGCCAUGGCAAACAAUUACGCUGUGCAGGGCGUCGAGUUCGACUGGGAAUUUCCGAACAAGCAAGGUGUAGGAUGCAACACCAUCGACAAGGACGAUGCUGCAAACUUCCUCCUGAUGCUCCAAGAGUUCCGUCAGAAUCCCGCCACGAGCUCCUAUAUCCUGUCCGCCGCCGUCUCCGACAAGCCGUUUCUUAACGCGACUGGCCAGCCGAUGGAAGACAUGUCCGAGUUCGCGAAAGUCCUUGACUACGUGACGAUCAUGAACUACGAUGUCUGGGGGAGCGUAGACGGAAUCCUGGGCCCGAACGCUCCCCUCAACGACAGCUGUGCUCCACCCCAGUACCAGCAUGGCUCCGCCGAGUCCGCCGUCGAUACAUGGACCAAGGCAGGCUUCCCUGCUGACAAGCUCGUCCUCGGUGUGCCCGCGUACGGACACAGUGCCGCUGUCCUCCCUAACAACGCCUACAACAACUCGGAGUUGUCCAUCUACCCUCUAAUCUACAACAACGCUUCUCAAGUCCCCGGAGACUCCUGGGACGGAAAGAGCGGGACCGAUUUGUGUGGGGUGCCGUGGGACUACUCGGGCGUGUGGUACUGGACGAACCUCGCGGACGAGUCGCUGACGAGUAGCUUCAUCAACGCCAACGGCACACCGAGGGACGGCAUCGACUAUCUCUGGGAUGACUGCAGCCAGACGCCACGCGCGUAUAACCGCUCCAGCCAGGUAAUGCUUUCGUAUGACGAUGUGCGAUCGUUCGGGCAGAAGGGUACGUUCAUUCAGGAGAAAGGGUUGCGCGGGUACGCAAUCUGGGAGGCAGCGGGUGCUACUGACGUAUUGAUUGAUGCCAUAAAUUCAAACAUGACGGGCAGUAAGCGUCCUUGAGGAGCGCCUCAGACAUCACUACGAUUUCAGUUUCUCGUUGGGCCUAUUCUACUAUGAUAAUCAUGUGAUGUAAUACUGGAAUUGUAAUCAAUGUCUUGGGAUUCAUUUCU